UGGUCAGGGCUCCAUCUGAACCUCCAUGACUUACAGGAUCCUUGCUUUCAGAGUUGAGAAUGAAGAGGAUGUCACCCCUCCUGGCUCUGGGGCUGUUGGUGGCUGAGCUGUGCCCUGUUUCCCUGUGUGACUCAGGCUGCGUACUCAGUGGGGAGAAUGGGACCCAGGACAAGACCCAUGAGGAUAAUCUCAAAGUAGCCUCCAGCAACAUCAACUUUGCCUUCAGCCUGUACAAGAAGUUGGCUUUGAACACCCCCAACGAGAAUGUCAUCUUCUCACCUAUCAGUAUCUCUGUGGCCUUGGCCUUCGUGUCCCUGGGGGCCAAUAGCACCACCCUGACAGAGAUUCUCGAAGGCCUGAGGUUCAACCUCACGGAGACCCCUGAGGCCGAAAUCCACCGGGGCUUCCAGCACCUUCUGAGCACCUUUAACCAGUCCAGCAACGAGUUGCAGCUGAGCAUGGGCAAUGCCAUGUUUGUCGACGAGAACCUGAAGCUGCUGGAGAAGUUCAGGGAGAAGGCCCAGGAGCUGUAUGGGGCUGAGACCUUCAAUGUCAAAUUUCUGGACGCCACCUCUGCCGCCAAGAAGUUCAUCAAUGACUAUGUGAAAAACAAAACACGGGGGAAAAUCGUGGACUUGGUCCACAAACUGGACCCACAAACCGUGAUGAUUGUGGUGAAUUACAUCUUCUUUAAAGCCCAGUGGCAGAAGACUUUUGAUCCCCGAGGCACACACGAGUCAAAGUUCCAUGUGAGCGCGAACAAGUCUGUGGAGGUGCCCAUGAUGAACAUCGAGAACCUGGCCACGCCUUACUUCCGGGACGAGGAGCUCUCCUGCACCGUGGUGGAACUGAAAUACACUGGCGCCGCCAGCGCGCUCUUCAUCCUCCCUGACGAGGGCAAAAUGGAGGAAGUGGAAGCCACGUUGUCCCCAGAGACACUGAGAAGGUGGAGAGAGUCACUGACAACCAGACUGAUAAAUGAGCUCUACGUGCCCAAGUUCUCCAUCUCCGGCGACUAUAGUCUGGAAAACAUACUUCCCCAGCUAGGCAUAAGGGAAGUCUUCACCAGCCAGGCUGACCUGUCAGGAAUCACAGGGGCCAAGAACUUGAUGGUUUCCCAGGUGCUACAUAAGGCUGUGAUUGAUGUAGCUGAGAAUGGCACUGAAGCCGCCGCGGCCACAGUAGUCCAGAUAAUACUCACCUCUGCCAUGUUAGACCCACUGACCAUCGUGCGUUUCAACAGGCCCUUCCUGAUGACCAUCUUCUCCUCAGACACCCAGAGCAUCCUCUUUAUGGGCAAAGUUGUCAAUCCCAAAAAGCAAUAAAACAAAUUGCAACUCGCAAAGCAAAACUGGACUUGUUGUU